AUGCGGAUAAGUUACACCACAUGUGAAAGAGAAUGGAAAAGAUGUUACACUGAAUGUUUAAGUUUGAUUUGCUGUAGUUCUGGUUGUUUGGCUAAUAUGAAUGCUCGGAGCAGCACCGAUAUUUCUGAUCGUCGAAAUUAUGGAAGGUUCGCUUAUGAGAGAAAUAGAAAUUUACUUGAACGUAAUUUGCAUAUUCAAGGCAGCAAAAUUGUAAAUCAUGAUAUUUUACUUUUUGGGAUAAAUAUCGAUAUGCUAGAAUAUAGUCGGAAUUUAAGACGAAAGUCUGAUACAGAUAUGGAAGCACAUAGAUUUUCAUUUGCAUUUGGUGAAAAAUUUCAUGAAAGACAUAUAUGUGUCUUGUAG